AUGUGUAGUCUUGCAGUCGUGCUUGAGCUACCAGCCCUCAAAGCCACUGCUCUGCUUUGGCUAUGAUUGGUUGACACGUACCCAAUCACAACCUUCCUCGUCCUCCUCGUCUUCGUCUUCGACUUCCUGCAAGGGGAAGGGUCAGUCAACUUUGGUUUUUAAGAUUGAUUCAAAUGUUGUAAAAGUUCAAUGGAGGAUUCCGAUGCUACAACUAUUGAGUCCCUUCGUGCUAAGUUGCUGUCUGAAAGAUCUGCCUCAAAAUUUGCAAGGCAAAGAGUUGAGGAACUACAUAAAAGGGUGGUGGAAUUGGAGGAACAACUAAGAGUAGUCACAUUUCAAAGAAGGAAAGCUGAAAAUGCAAUGGUGGAUGUUCUAAUUAGUUUAGAGAAGAACGGCUUUAGUUACUUCUCAGAGGAAAUUCAUUCAGGUUCUGAUGACAAUGGCAUCAACACUGAAUCUAGAAUCAGUGAUAAUUCUGGAAGGGAAUUUUGUACCUCACCAGGCAGAAGCUUAUUGCAGAAAAGCUUCAAGUGUUGUCGAAACCAUAAUGGAAAGAUACAUGGUGACCGUGGCAGGAGGAGGAGGACAAGUUCCACAUCUAAUGGUGGGUCUACCCCAAAAACUCUUGGUAAAUCCAUCUGCCAGACAGAACAGGGAGAAAACAGAUGUAGGAAAUAUGCAGCAAAGCAUCAAAAUGAAGAAGAAGUUGUUGAGGGAGUUCCCAAUGCUGGAUUUUAUCAUGAUGGAAAAGACGUAAACAUGGAAAUUGCACUAGAGGAGCAGGCCCAGUUCAUAGGACACCAUGAAGCAGAAGAAAAGGCUCAGAAAGAAAGGGAAGAGAAGUUCAGAGGGAAUAGCAACUGUACUCUUGAUUCAUAUGGACCUGGGAACCUAUCAGAUGUCAAAGAUGAAAAAGAUGAAGUCAAGGGACUGACUUUGCAGCCUGCUGAAAAGAUUACCUCCCAGGAUCGAGGAGUGAAGCCCAAUGGAUUCCUGGCUGCCACUGAUAUUGAGACGGAAUGCUUAGAGCCUCAACAAUGCAGCAGUACAGUUUCUAGUGAAUCACCUUCUGAGUUUCCAGGAUUUGCCAUCUCCAACCAAAGAAGCAUAGAAGCUAAUGCCAACUGGAAGCAGCAACAAGAGGGGUUGGAGCAAAAAUCCCUCCACCCCCCUUCAAAUGUUUUACCUGGGCGCCAUUCAGCACGGAACUCUUCAUCCCACAUGCAGGGAAAUCUCUUGAAAGGAGAAUCCUCAGGCUGCAAAAAUAAACUCCAAGUGAAGGUGCUGUCAGAAAAGGCCAAUGGGUUGGGGAGUGUGCUGGAUGCCCUCCAAUAUGCAAAGUUAUCGCUUUCAAACAAGCUCAGUAGGUGGCCAUUGUCGAGAGAAAAUGGGCAACUGGGACGAGCUUUAGAACUGGAACCUCCAGUUCCUGUUCCUGCUAUGAGAGCUAGGAAUGGGAUGGCUGUUCCUGUUGGAUAUGGUAGACCACACGGACUAACCAUGGAUUUGCAACCUGGGGGAGUUCAGCCUCCAGCCAGCAUGUUGGGGUCCAGUCCUGGAUUUAGUUCAACAAUGUAUCAUCCUGAGAUGGGAGUUGCAGUCUCUGCUGGAAACCAAUUAGGCACCAACCAUUGGAUGGAGCCAAGGCCGAGAAUUUCUACUUUGAGACAAAAUUCUGAACCCCAUCCAGAUACAGGAAGGGAUUCACCCGGGUAUGGACAAUAUUCUCAUAUUUUGAUGCAGCGAAUGCCCUCUGACAACAAAAUUUCAAGACCCCCUCAAAGUAAUGGUAUGAAAAGGCGAUCAUAUUCUUUGUAUGAUGAUCAUAGUAGAUCAAUGAUGCAGGAAUAGCAUGGAAAUUUUCAGAGACAUGGACUGCAUAGAAAAUUGAGAUUAUAGUGUAGGACUCUUUUAUGAAUCAUAUGGGGAUGUUUUGUUUAUUAUUUUGGAGGAAAUUAGAAUAAGAGGCUGUGGUUGUGGACGUAUAAUGCCAUCCUGUUGAUGGUUGUGUGGUGGUAUAAUCUCUCCUGGCUGUGAGAAAUUCUCUUCCAUUACCCUAGAUUGGAGGCAUAAAAAGGUAGAAUUUUCAUGUUAAAUA